AUGAGCGCUAGAGAUGUAUCGACGUCAAGUUCUUUUAGUUCAAGAAGCAAUGGCCCCAUAGCUGUGUCAAAAACGCCUGCUCAAAAGCUGUCACCAAUCAAUCCAGAUCAAGUUCUCAGGUAUGCCACGAUAGUUGUAUUACUGGAGUACAUCAGCGAACCGAGAUUUCGCAGAAGAGAAGUCAUUGGAACAAGGCUUCAGUUGAAGGAGUCAGAUUCUCGAAAUGUUCGUUUGAGAAAUGCAAAACAAGCAAAGCGCAGGUCUUGGCUGUUUUCUGAUGAUGGUAAGAAAGACGACACAAACGAGGCCAAACAACUACAGAGGUUCAUACCAACAUUGGAGAACUAUCUUAGAAAGGUUGCAAUGAAAAAGAUUCUUGUGGAGCAGGAGCUUUUACGGAGAAGUCUGCUUAAGUUUUACAACGACAGUUUUCUGGAUCCAAAAGCCAGAAGUCAACUUCGGACCUUAAAACGGGCCCAUGAAAUCAUCAUUUUGUUCACAAAAGCACUCCAAAGCGAGCUAGUUAAGGUGCCGUCCAAGAAUGAUGCAAAAGAAGAACUUUACGUUCAGGUCUGCCGCUUUACUGACAUCAUAACGGACUUAGCGUGGAAAGAUGAAUCAAUAAGAUCGCCGCUUGCAAUGCGAUUGAAGGAAUAUAGAGAGUCCUUCAGUAAGCCAGGAAAUGCUCCACAAAGUCUGUCACCUAGUACAUCACAAACCAGUUCGAGCCCAACCCUUUCAGAGAAUUGUGUCAGACCAUCAUUCAAGGUUUCUGAUGUCAAAUGCGCCAGAUAUUUAAUGGAGCUCUUCUCUCUGUCAGAGGUAGAUUUUCAGCUCAAAAUGGUCAAGUAUGUGAAUGAAAUCGACAGCGAUGAAAUCAAAAAUUACUUGCAUACCUUAAAAGCAACGGUUGUCCGCCAACAUACCCCAGGGUCUAUGUCAUCGCUAUCUGAAGAAGAGACGGCAAAGAGGUGCCUGAAUAAAGAAAUAAAAGACAUCGAGGCAACUGCCCAAAGAAUGGCUGGGGCCUACGAACUGCAUACAGAAGCAUACACGAAAAACUCAAAUACGACAUCAAACCUUUUUCCCUCAGGUUCAAAUGAUACUUAUGUUCACCUAGUAAGCUUAAUUUUGAACAAUGAAGCUCGGAAGGAUACGUUCUCCUUCAACCUGAGCAAAGAGGCCUUUUUCCUCAUCAACAAAUGUGGCUCCUAUUGGAACUUGGCUUGGCCAUCCACAAAGGCCACAGCUAUACUAAAUGCAGCAAAUGUGGGACUCUUGGAUGGUGAAUCUUCUGAUCCUCGCAUGCUUGAGAAAGUUUUUGAACUGAUAUCAACAAAAGUAUUCGAAGGCACUGACAUUAUCAAAGAACGACAAUUGUGGAGCCAUACGGAUCAAGAUUGCUGGUUAGAAAAUUUGACUUACAAUUUGGAACAGACUUUUAAAUCAUUAAACAUUUUGAUUUCUGAAAUACAUCACAAGCCGAGACCUAAGUUCUCCCAGACCUUGAAUGUCUACUAUCAGAUCAUUUUGAUGUGUGAGCUCUCGGUUGAGGACGUGACACUUUCGGAUUUUCACCGAAAACAUAUAAAACGUCUUCGCCGCUCAUUCUUCAAAGCAACAGAGGAGUUUUACGUCAGUCUUGUCAAAGAUCUCCCGAGAGAUAGACAGCUCGAGUUCUUUGACGUCAAAAAUGUUGCUGAUAGGAUUUUGUCCGAGAUUCAAAACAUCCAGAAAAUGUAUCCAAAACCGUUAUUGAAUCAGAUUAAUUUGGUCUUAGAAAGUGCAAGAGUUCUUUUACAAGCGUUUGGACUGGACUGUGCAGCUAUCUUAUCCCAAGUUAGAGCCGGACUCAAGGUUGACGGGGAUGAGAAACUUCCUUUUCAUGAUGCUGUAGAGACAUAUCGAUCACUAAGAGAGCUGCGGAAUGUCUUUCAUCAAGUCCAGGAGUCAAAAGAGUUUCCCUUCAAAUUAGAAAAGUACUUUCUCAGGUACGUUUCGCGAUUAUGUGACGAUGCUUGCAUCAAUACAGUGGAUGUUGUGCGAACGGCGGUUACUAAGGAAAAUUGGGAGGCCGCCAACACUUUGGUAGGCUAUAGUACAUCUGUGAUAGAUGUGUUCAAAAUGAUAAACGAAUCGAUGGACUUAUUCAUGAAACUCGAGUGGCCAAAUGAAUAUCAAAUCUCGAAAAUUUAUACCUAUCUUUUGAAAGCAAUAGCCGAUGGACUGAGUAUUUAUGCUAGUUGUGUGACAAGAGAAAUCGAGGAAGAUAUUACAGCAUUUCAAGCAGAAAAAGAAGAGGAAGAGAAAGAGGAAGAUUCUGGUAAGGGUCUCAGCCCUUUUGCUCAUUCUACUAAGAUUAAAGUGAAAAAUUCGUGGGUCUACACCGAAAUGAAGAAUGCAUUGAAGUCCGUCGAUGUCGUAACUCCCCGGCCUUUUGAGUUUCGGUUGAGAACAUGCACUUGUUUAACAAACCUAAAUCAAAUACUGCUCCUGAUCAACGACUUGGAAGAUCGAAUUGAUCCUGAAAGCAUAUCUAAAGUUGUUCGCAGCCAUGAGAAGGCAGAUCCUGCACUUAAAACGGUAACCGAAAAGCAGAAUAGAAGUCUUCGGCGUCUAUACACUAUCAAGGUGCUAAGGGCAGAGAAUCUGAGUGGGUCCGCACAAGGAAAUAAUACAUUCACAGCCGUGAGUAUUGUGGACACAAGAUUGAGACGUGAAGUUGCUAAGACUAGAGAUGUUCUGACAUCCGGUCGCGCGGUAUGGAAUGAAGAAUUUGAGAUUGAUGCCCCAUUGACCGAGUCGCGCUUUUUAAAUGUUAUCUUAUGGUAUCGAAAGUCGAAAUUUGGUUCGUCUGCUCCUAGUGUCUACGGUAGAGCCCACCUCAGUUUGGAACCAAACAAGUUCGAAGAAGAUGGUCUUCCUAGACAACUGUCACUGAAUCUUGAUGCUCGUGGUAGAGUUGUAGUGGAAGUAGCCGUUGAGACAGAAAAACUGGAUGCAUUGUUUUCUAUGGGUAGGGCUUUCAGAUCAAUAAGCAGGGCUCGAGAUAGGUCAAUUGAGCUCAUGGUGGGGAAAUUCCAGGUAUUUGUGCACUUUGCGUUUUCAAGAUUGACUUUGAAGACAGUUUGCGGUCCCAAUGGAUUGAUCCAACCAGAAGGCUCUAUCGUGUAUGACUCGAUAGAACCUCUUUUUGAUUACCUCAACGCUAAUCUUAAUAUCCUGGCUUCUCAUCUACCUCGCGAACUACUUCUUAAAAUCAUGCUAGAAGCGUGGGAGGUCGUCGUAAGUAGGGCCGAUGAGCUUUUACUUCCAUACCUGUACGAGGCGUUCGAACACCGAAAUUCGAACUCCAAGAAUAAAGCGAAAACAAUUUGGGAGAACGCAGUGGAUGCUGCCAAACACGGAAUCAAUGCAACAACGGCAUCGGAGAGACCUUUAACUCAAAUUGAGGUACAUACUGUGUUUGAAUGGCUGCAUGCACUGUGCUUCGACUUUUUCCACAAUAACGGGGAAGGUCCAGGAAUAAAGGACCUUAAAAACAAACACUACCAGGCAUUGUUAUUCAUACCGGUGUACUACGACCAGCCGACUCCUCAACUGAAGAUAGAAGCGGAAAAUCUUCUACAAGAAUAUCGCAAAUUGUUAUUCAAUACCGGGGACAGUGGUGAUGCAAGUAUUAAUGCUGCUCCUAAAUUUUCGGGCAAACGUGCCAAAAGUCUAGCAAGAAGAAAAACCAUUCUAGCCAACGCGUCCCGCAAACGACGUGUGCAGCUCGAUAAGGAAAUUGAGUCUGCCGAAAAUAGUCUCUUGGACAAAGUCACUGCAACUCAGGAUAUUCUGCUGCGAAUCCUGAUCUCAAAGGGAGAGAGUGCUCAUGUGGCGAAAAUUUUAGAGGCUAGGGAUAGUCUAGACAGGGCGCUAUUCACACAGAACAUCGUUCAGGCUGCUCGUGUAAGUCAUCGAGAAUCAAAAUGA